CACCGGCACAACUGUCACAGUCGCUGCAGUAUUUCUCAUCGUGAUCAUCGUGAUUGUCAUCAUGCGGACACGAACACUACAGUCUAAGGCUAGACGAUACAAGCCAACGUUUUUCAAGCCCAGUCAUCACUGGGUGUCAAGUCCCUGGUCAAAAACAGAUGUUCACAAGAAACACCUGUAUGAUACCCGGGUGACCCGGUUCUUGCCGGGCGUACAGCGGACACACCUGUCUGAGACCAGCUCAGUACGAACCUCGUCACAAUUUGCCGGCACGGUGAAGGACUUGGAGUCUUAUGAAAAAAUCUUUGAGUCUGAAGUUCGUUACCGCCUUCCACGGCCCAUAAUCGACCCGCAGGCUUUCCAAGAUGACCGCCCUCGUUCCAUAUUUGGUGACGAUGGACAGAGUGCGAUAACAGUUGGGACGAGGAGUUACCCGGAUGUUGAUGACAUUGGAAGCGCCAGUGUGAUGUCGUUCCGUAUUGCACGGCCAGAGAUGAGCCCGCAGGCUUUACUUGCUAUCGAAGAGAACCCUUCCAAUGCCAGAUCUAGAGACAUCGGAUGGGAUGACAGAAGUGGCGGCGUGACGCCGUUCCGUAUUACACGGGCAGAAAUCAACCCGACCUUACUUGCUAUCGAAGGGAACCCUUCCGUUGUCAUGCCUAGAGACAUCAGAUGGGACAGCAGAAGUGACGUCAGUAUGAGGAGAUGUAACCCAGAUGUGGAUGACCUAGACACUGACAGCAGCGUUUUAAUGACGGACAGCGACGGACGUGUUGAUUUAACACAGCGCUACCUGGCUGCCAGCCGGUACAGCCAGGAACUGCAGUCUAUCACAGAGGCAAGCAGCAGGCGUACAAGCUACACGUCCGCAGAUCAGUCAGUUCGCAGUCGGUCAGUCGACUCGCGUUUCUUUGACGAGGACACAAUAACAGAAACGAGCAGUUUCAGUUCAGAUGUUUCUACAGUCACCGACAUCACAGGCUCGACUGUGACUAGGACAGACACCGAGUCCAUCUCAACAGUGGACAGUAACGCCCCACAAAACCUUCCCUACCCUUUCCACCUGUUACCCUCUCUGAACAGAAGGUACAUGACAGACAACAAUGUUCGACAUGAACCUUUCUAGGAGACCUGCUAGAUAUUUCACUUGCACUUGUGACACUUGUAAAAUAAAAAUCAAUAAAAUUUGAAUGAAAGUUGAAAAUAAACUACCAAGAGAUCAGGACUACAUCAAAAUGAUUGUAUUCUGGUAGACUUGGUGACUUCUCAGAAUAUGUAAGAAAUCUGAAUGACAUAAUAAUAACGGUUUUAGCUAAUGAUUAGUAAAGUUAACAAUGAAGCUAAUUGUACAAUAUACAGGUUCAAUACCCAGGAUAUAUUCCCUUGCAAUUGCUUAUCAAAAAUUAUAAAAUGUGAUACCUAUUAUUAAGAUAAUGUAGAUUUUAUAAUUGUCAUUGUAUUUUAGCAAUGAUAUUUACAUGUAAGUCCAAACUAUUAUGUAUGUCAAUAACAUUU